AUGACGACCAUCAUGUCGGAAUUUCGUAUGCGUUUGCAUUUUCUCUUGCUGCUCUUAUUCUCUUGUGUCUCCCCUUCAAGCACUACACCCUACAGCUUUGAAAGUCAUGUUGUUGGUCUUGUUGCUUGUCGUCCUCACCAGAUUCAAGCCUUUACAGAGUUCAAGAACGAGUUUGAUACCCGUGGUUGCAACCAUAGUGACUACUCUAACGGAGUAUCGUGCGAUAAGUCUACGGGUGCGGUCACGGUGCUAAGACUCAGGGCCUGCCUCAGUGGAACUCUAAGGCCCAAUAGUAGCCUUUUUGGGUUUCAUCAGCUCCAUUACCUUACUCUCUGA